AUGAAUGAGGCAGAAUACGUCUUGUGCAAAUGGAGGAAACGCUUGUGGCCCGCAAAGCAAAAAGAUUUGCAGCUCUGGGCCAGAGUGCUUUGUGAAGAUGUCGAACUCUUGAAAGAGGACAGCAUCGAACGCAUUGCGGCGCAGUUAGGUCCGAGCGAGGAAUGCCGUGAUAAGGUGGAAGAGUUAACUCAUCGGCGAGUUCUUCGGGAGGCUCUGGAUUAUUUGCGUCAAGCCACGCCAUGCGAAGAAAGAAGCCCUUCGAAGAUGGGAAGAAGUAAAUCAGCCACCCGGAAGGAAGCCAAAGAACAAUCUUUGUCGCCGCGUGUGGCUGGCCGUCGGCAACCUCCCUCUCAAAAUGACAUUAUGCAGAGGAGAGGGAAGACCCGUGAGGCACUCGCCGCGCCACAUAUUGUGGGUCCCCAACAUAAACCUAGUCGUCUUUCCAGGGAAAAAGCGGAGGGAUCUUCCAGCGCCAAGUCGCCCGUGUCUACAUCAAGAGCCCCUUUGGGAAACAGGGAGCUGGAAGGCCGGUCCCUCCGAGAAUCCAAAACAGAAACACCGUCGAGGCUGAAAAAAGACGUCUCACUAAAAUCAUUGUCCGGACCUACCGCAAUCAGAAGAUCACCCCGUCUCUCAAAGGGGGAUGAGAGGCGCCGCCAAUGCAAGCCCGGCCCGGAAAGGAGCUCCCCCUUGUCUCCUUCAAAAUGCUUUGCUAGAAUCAGCACACCGGCUAGGCCUUCUCAUGGCUGCACCACGUUGACGCCAGGCAAAAAGCGCAGUGGUAAACCGGGGCUGAGAAGGAACCUGCUAGGCUCGCCUGUCGGAGGUCCUCCCACCGAAGCGGUGAAGGAGCUCUCCGAGGAAGAAGAGUUUCCGCCCAGGAAAUACAGCAAAGACUUGGGUGGCCAGAGGCGGCAGCCCCAGGAGUCAAAAGGCACUUGUCAGGGACAGACCCCCAUGGCGACCUCUCUUACCUGGGAAAGAAGAUGUCGUCGCGAGGGCUCGCCCGGCAUCCCUGAUCCCGCUGGACCCAUUUUGGAUGACACCCAAGAGGAAGGCCCGUGUCCGUGCACAGAAAACGUCCCGCUUUGUGAUUUAGAAGGGAACGGCCUCGAGUCUUCCUCUGAACCCGCUCUGCGACUCAGUCCUAUCAACGAGUCGUGUCUCAGCUCGGCUUUCGGGGAUGAAGAAGAAGCCGAGGAAGAGCUCCCCAGCAUCCUCUUGCAUCAAGAGCCUUGUUCGAUGGAAGCGGGGAUGCUGGUUUGGUGCAAGCUCCCAAGAUACCCGUAUUGGCCUGCUGUGGUGAAAAGCGUGAAGCGGAAAGCGAAGAAAGCCAUUGUGCACCUUAUAGACAAAUCUAUGGAUGACAAGAAAUCCAAAGGUUUCUCCUUCUCUCUCAGAAAACUAAAGCACUUUGACUGUGAGGAGAAGCAGAUGCUGACAGAUCAAGCCAGAGAGAGCUAUCGGGAUGAAAUCAACUGGUGUAUCAACCUGAUCGCAGACUAUAGAAUUCGAGUAGGCUGCCAUUCUUUUACGGGCACCUUCUUGGAGUACUGCGCCGAUGACAUGAGCUACCCAGUUAGAAAAGAGACUCGUCUCAACUUGUCCCAGAUGACUUUCCCCCAAAUAUCGGAGGUGGACGCCGAAGCGCCCCUGUCCGAGGCGACCCCCACGAAGCCCACCAAGAAGGUCCUCCCUGACCGGAUGCGGGCGGCCAGGGACAAGGCCAACGAGAAGAUCGUGGAGUUUAUCGUGAAGUCCAGGGGGGCGGAGCAGCACCUCCGAGCCAUCCUGAAGAGCAAAAAGCACUCGCGGUGGCUGAAGGAGUUCCUCAACGCCCCGCCGCACCUGACCUGCAUCGAGACCUACCUGGAGGACGACGUCCAGCAGGACCUUGUGGUCAAGUAUUUGGAAGAGGUCUACCGGGAAGUCGACGAUGAGCUGCCGCCGCUCAUAAACGGCGACAGGGUCAAGUUUAUCUUGGAUGUCCUCUUUCCGGAGGCGAUCAUAUAUGCAAUUUCGGCCGUGGAUCGGAUUGACUACAAAAAGGCGGAAGAAAAAUACAUCAGGGGGCCGUUGCUCAGCCAAAGGGAAAGGGAGAAAUUUGAAGAGGAGAUCUUAGAAAAGAAAAGGAAGCAGCCUCUGCAGCAGCCAACAUCCUCUCCCGAAGAGGCCUUGUAA